CAAAAUAAUCAAGCAACCAAACAAAACAACAAAAGAAAGAAAGAAAAAAUCAUUAGUUCUAAUCAAAAAAUGGGAAAUUCCUACAUUACCAAGGAGGAUAACCAAAUUAGUGCUACCUCAGAACAAACUGAGGACAGUGCAUGUCUUUCAGCAAUGGUACUUACCACUAAUCUUGUUUAUCCAGCAGUGUUAAAUGCUGCUAUUGAACUCAAUUUAUUUGAGAUCAUAGCUAAGGCAACACCAUCUGGUGCUUUCAUGUCACCAUCAGAAAUUGCUUCUAAAAUGCCUGCAUCAACACAACACUCGGACUUGCCUAAUAGGUUAGACCGAAUGUUGCGUUUGCUGGCUAGUUAUUCUGUUCUUACUUCCACUACUCGAACCAUCGAGGAUGGUGGCGCCGAGAGAGUUUACGGACUCUCGAUGGUCGGAAAAUACCUUGUCCCUGAUGAAAGUAGAGGAUACUUGGCUUCAUUUACCACAUUUCUAUGUUAUCCUGCAUUGUUACAAGUUUGGAUGAAUUUUAAGGAAGCAGUGGUGGAUGAAGACAUUGAUUUGUUCAAGAACGUUCAUGGAGUGACAAAGUAUGAAUUCAUGGGAAAGGAUAAAAAAAUGAACCAAAUUUUUAACAAGUCAAUGGUUGAUGUUUGUGCAACAGAAAUGAAAAGAAUGCUUGAAAUAUACACUGGAUUUGAGGGAAUAUCAACAUUGGUUGAUGUUGGAGGUGGAAGUGGACGAAAUCUUGAAUUGAUAAUAUCCAAAUACCCAUUAAUAAAGGGAAUUAACUUUGAUCUGCCCCAAGUUAUUGAAAAUGCACCACCACUUUUAGGGAUUGAGCAUGUUGGAGGAGAUAUGUUUGCAAGUGUUCCACAGGGUGAUGCCAUGAUACUGAAGGCUGUAUGCCAUAAUUGGUCGGAUGAAAAAUGCAUAGAAUUUUUAAGCAAUUGUCACAAAGCUCUAUCACCAAAUGGAAAAGUGAUUAUUGUGGAGUUCAUAUUGCCAGAAGAACCAAACACAACUGAAGAAUCUAAGCUUGUUUCAACUCUUGACAAUCUCAUGUUUAUCACAGUUGGUGGAAGGGAAAGAACUGAGAAACAGUACGAGAAAUUGAGCAAACUCUCUGGAUUUUCCAAAUUUCAAGUUGCUUGCCGUGCUUUCAACAGUUUGGGAGUGAUGGAAUUUUAUAAAUGAAGUAAUUACAACAAUAACUUUGUAUUUUAAGAUAAAGAAUAAAGGCCUUUCUGUUAGGUCAUGUUGUUUUACAAUGUAGUUUCUUGUUAUAAUUCCUGCUUUGAUGUUAUGUAAUGUUUAUGCAAUUUAAGAAAAGUUGUUUUUUUUUUGUGUUGUAAAAGUUUAAGUAUGUGUUUGGUACACAGUUUGCAUUUAAGAAUCACGUUGAAACACAUUUUUCAAUGCAAAUUUUAAAGCAAAAGUUGAACUCUA